AUGGCCAUGCAAUUCAGGGGAAUCGUGACUUCCAUCCUUUCGGUGGCAGCCACAGUGCUAUCCUCUUCAGCGACGAUCGAUUCGGCCGUCGCUGAUGAUCUGCACUCUGCUGCAACCACAGCAGCAGUGUCGUCGACGACAAAGGUGGUGGAGCCGGAGCUGUCGAUGGGGUGCUGGGGGGCAAUCUUCAAGGUCCCCAGCUGCGUCGGCGACAUAGCCAAAGUGGUGAUGGGUGACGUCGGAGCGAUUUUCGGCAUUGGCAAGCCUUGCUGCAAGGCCUUCCUGUCCCUGACUGACGACUGCAAGAUCAAGGUGUUCCAGAAUUUGAAGUUCCUGCCGGUCAUUGAGAGCUUCUGUGCUGCCAUCACCGGCGGCGGCAGUCCUCCUCGUUCCGGCUGA